AACUUGAUAAUCUGUUUUUGUAGACUAUCAAUAGCCUAUUUUAUUAUACGAGCUGUGGAGUUUCCACUAUAUUUAUAGCAACAUAUAAACACUUGUAUUUAAACUUGCGAUUUUAAAAUACUGACUAGUAUCAAUAUAGACAAGUGCAUUAGGUUAUGUGCCAAAAAUAAAAGUCUUUGGAUAUUUUUUCUUUAAAAAGAUGGGUUGUUCUAGUAGCUCUAGCUCGCAUGGAAAAGAUAAAAGAAAAUCUAAAAACACUUCCAGUAUAUCACAAUGGGUGAAGAAAGUCACCAAGUUUUCAUCACAGUACGAUAGCACUGGUUGGAGUGCUAAUUGUUUAGCUGGUCCCCCAAACGUGUAUCCAGAUUAUGGUGACAGGACAGGAGCAUGGGCACCAGAACACAUUGAUGAUAAACAGUUCUUAGAGUUUAAGUAUGACGAAGCUGUUUAUAUCAAAGGUAUAGACAUCUAUGAGACAUACCAUGGAGGUGGGGUGACCUCCAUUCAAGGUCGUGAUGACAAAGGGAAUUGGAAAACUCUGUGGAAAGCUGAUAAAGCAACUGUCAUCCAGUCUUCCAGAAUCUUCUCACCAAAACUUGAUCUCCAGGAUUUUAAAUGUAAAACAAGUGAGAUACGUCUGGAGAUAGACUGUACAGCAUGUGGGACGUGGGUGGAGAUUGAUGCUGUGGAGCUACAUGGUAGCAAAAAAAUAUCAAAAGGAAAGUUGUCCCAGUGGGUAGCAAGAGUCACCAAGUUUUCCUCACAGUAUGAUAAUGAUGGCUGGAGUGCAAACUCAGUGGUUGGGUCUCCGAAGGUAUACCCCAACUAUGGAGACAGUCAGGGAACAUGGGCACAGGGUGACAUUGAUGAUAAACAAUUUAUUGAGGUUGAAUACAAUGAAGCAGUGAAAGUUAAAGGUAUAGAUAUCUAUGAGACAUAUCAUGCUGGUGGAGUGACUGCCAUUAGGGGUCUCAGUGCUAAAGGAAGCUGGGAGACACUGUGGAAGACAGACAAACCAGAAGUGAUCACUUCCUCUAGAAUCUUCUCACCAAAACUGCAUGUCAAAGAUUUGAAGGGUCCUACAAAGAAUAUACGUAUUGAAGUUGACUGCUUGAAGUCUCAGACAUGGGUGGAGAUUGAUGCUGUCCAGCUUCAUGGUCGCAGUGUCAAAGCAAGUGAUGACAGUGACAGUGAUUGUGAUAGUGACUAGCCUGUUUUGGAAUUUAGAUAGAAUUCAACCGUAUGUUAGGAACAUUUAUUACAACAUGAGAAGUUUUGUACCCACAACCGGUCACCGCCAACGCCCUAGUCACACCACCUCCCCCUCCAACCCCCAUUGUACAGUGAUCGAUGCCAAGACUAGACAACAUGUUUAUAUAACUGAACCUUCAGCAGUACAUCUCAAACUAAAGACUUACCAGAAAAAACUUCAUUGUGAUCAAGUCACCAACAUCCAGACAUCCUUCAUUUUUUAUGAACAGUGAUUUAGUAUUGAUAACCACAUCUGAACUGCUGUCACAUUAACAGUAAUGUCUCUAUAUGUGAACUGCUGUCACAUGAUAGUGGUGUCUUUAUAUGUGAACUGCUGUUACAUUGAUAGUACUUACUGUACAUCUGAACUGCUGUUACAUUGAUAGUACUUACUGUACAGUGAAACACCGCUCGCUCGAGGUCGCAAGGGGAUAAGCAAAAUGCUCGAGUUAUCCAUGGUUUCGAGCGACCCAACAUUGACCAACAUAUAAAGAAAUUGAAGUUUGUUUUACCAAUUUUCAUCGAGACUAUUUGCAGAGGAAACGGUGAUGCGUAAUAAUAACACACUCGUGACAUUUUCAAAAAACGUAUUACAAACGUUAUUUAUGAUAGAUCGUAAUUGGCACAUGUGAAGAAACAGCUAAGACAUUUUUUUUUUUUUUUUUUUUUAUUUGAAAUACUGUAAUCGAAUUCACGAUUUUCUUCUCCAAAUUAAGAUCUCAUAAUUAUCGUCUCAAUUUUAUGAAAAGGCUAUCUUAUUUCCUUUAUUUGCAUGCAAACAACUGUUGAUUAAAAUAUUAAGAUCUCAUAAUUAUCUUCUCGAUCCCGCAGAAAAAAAGUAGUAAUUAAUAACAAUUUUGAUCAAUAAAAUUUUUCUUCCACCUUUCACCAAUGAUUAAUCUCAUUAUCAGAUCAAAUAUACCGACAAAAUAACAUUUCAGAUAGUUGGGGAAUAGACCAUGCAAUUCUCACGGCGUGCGAAAAUUUUAAAUUAACUGAUACAUUCUGACUGCCGAAGGUGUGAAACUUUUUGACACCUCUGCUCGAGUUUGCCAUAAGCAACAAAGAGUAAAUCAAUACACAGGGACCAGGUGUCAUGCUCAAGCGAUCGAGUUACGGAUGCUCGACCCAGCCAUGGUAAUUUCACAUAGAAAAUAGAAGGAAAUCGGCCGGGACCACAUUAAUUGCUCGAGCGAGCCCGGGUGCUCGAGUCAUGGAUGCUCGAGCGAGCGGUGUUUCACUGUAUAUCUGAACUGCUGUUACAUUGAUAGUACUUACUGUGUAUCUGAACUGCUGUGACAUUGAUAGUACUUACUGUAUAUCUGAACUGCUGUCCAAUGUUAGUACUGGCUGUACAUCUGAACUGCUGUCACAUGAUACUACUUGCUGUUUCUCAGCAGUAAUAAGAUCUAAAGUAAAGCUUAUCUUUAAAAGAUUUUAUGAAUUUGGCAUUUUUGUAAAUAGUCAUGAUAUUCUUUUAACCAAUCUUAACAACAUCCUACAAAACAUACCAACAACUGCAGUUAUACUACAACAGUUAACAGUUAAACCCUUUCUUAAUGUCUGUUACUUUUCAAUGUCAACUGUUAGUCAACUGGAGUAAUAUCACAAUAGCAUUCUCUUUACUAUCUGUUACCACUCAAUAUUUAAUGCCACUGAAUUGCAAUCACAUCCCAGCAACAUUCUCCAUAGCAACUGUUGCCACUUUAAUUAAAUGCCAGUCAGCUUUGUCAUAUCUCAACAGCAUUCUCCUUAACAACUUCUCAUGCACCAUUAAAACCCAAUAAAGUGCAGUCAUAUCUCAGCAGUAUUCUCCUUAGCAUUUGUUGCAGCUCACCAUUAAAUGCCAGUCAACUGCAGUCAUAUCUCAGCAGUAUUCUCCUUAGCAUUUGUUGCAACUCACCAUUAAAUGCCAGUCAACUGCAGUCAUAUCUCAACAGUAUUCUCCUUAGCAUUUGUUGCAACUCACCAUUAAAUGCCAGUCAACUGCAGUCAUAUCUCAGCAGUAUUCUCCUUAGCAACUGUUGCAACUCACUAUUAAAUGCCAAUCAACUGCAGUCAUAUCUCAGCAGUACUGUCCUUAGCAUUUGUUGCAACUUUAUAAUUAAAUGCCAGUCAACUGCAGUAAUAUCUCAGCAGCUAUUGCAACUCACCAUUAAAUGCCAGUCAACUGCAGUCAUGUUUCAGCAGCAUUCUCCUUGGCAACUGUUGCUACUCACCAUUAAAUGUCAGUGAACUGCAAGUUAACUGCAGUCAUAUUUCAGCAGUUUUCUCCUUCACAACUGUUGCCACUCACCAUUAAAUGCCACUCCACUGCAGCCAUACUUAUACAGUGACAUCUCCUUAGUAAUAACAUCUCAGUAAUGGUAAUAAUGUUGUGAUACAAAUAUUUCAGUAAAGAAAGAAAAGAUUA